GAUCUGAGAGAUCUCUGACAGCUAGAGACAUGCACAGACACGGUGAAUUCGAGGCACGCAGAUAAGCUGCAUUUUGCUCACACCCAGCUCAGACACAGUACGGCUCUGGAGAGUUACCGAAGAAUCGGAUCUGCCUAACUCCCUUCAAAAAAUCUUCACGAUGUUCCUUGCUAAAGCUUUGCUGAGCGGAGGAAGCAGCAGUGGCCGUGGAGGGGACCUCCUGCGCGGCCUCGGGGGGCUCCUGACAGGAGGCGGGCAAGGAGGCAAUGUUGGAGGACUUGUUGGAGGUCUCGUUAAUCUGAUAAGUGAAGCAGCAGCUCAGUAUACUCCAGAGCCGCCUCCACCUCCUCGCGGCCAUUUUACGAAUGUGGAAGCUUACGAGAGCGAGGAGGUUAGACAGUUUCAUCGCCUUUUUGUCCAGCUGGCUGGAGAUGACAUGGAAGUGUGUGCCACGGAGCUAAUGCACAUCCUGAACAGAGUGGUUUCCAGACAUCAAGACCUGAAGACAGAUGGCUUCAGCUUAGAUACGUGCCGUAGCAUGGUAGCCAUCAUGGACAGUGAUACAACCGGCAAACUGGGCUUUGAAGAGUUUAAGUAUCUGUGGAAGAACAUCAAGAAAUGGCAGUGUGUGUACAAGCAGUACGAUGUUGAUCAGUCGGGCGCCAUCGGGAGAGCACAGCUUCCUGAGGCCCUGAAGGCUGCCGGGUUCCAGCUGAGCGAGCAGCUCUGCCAGAUGGUCACUCGCAGGUAUGCCGACGAGACCGGCAGCAUGGAUUUCAACAACUUCAUUAGCUGCUUGGUGCGACUGGACGGCAUGUUCCGUGCCUUCAAGUCCCUAGACCACGAUGGCGACGGACAGAUCAGCAUGACCAUCCAAGACUGGCUGCAGCUGACCAUGUAUUCAUGAGAGCACAGCAGAGAAGGAUAUGCUCCAUCGGGAAGAUUUACAGGGAAGACUACAGUCCUGUAUUGCUGAACUGUAGCCCUUCCCUUGUUCUAAGGCAGAUGUUGCUAGAGGUACCUGGCUUAGCUUAGAGUGCUAUGAUUCCUGCUGUGUGUGCGUUAGUCUCCUUCACUGAAGGGUUUACGUAGCUUGUCUCAGCUGUACAGAAGUGUACGUUUGUAUCAGAAAACUGUCUCUAGACUCUGAAAUGAGAGAAUGUUGAAGGAUCAUAGCUUAGUUUUUUCUUUAAGGAGAGUGGCUCGAAUGCAAGUAUAACUCUUUAUAAAAAGCUGUAGGUUUGGGGUUCUGUGACAUUACUGCUCCAUUUUGUCAGCAUUCACUAAGCUGGAAUAAAGCUCUGCUUGCCUGGAAGGCAGUCACUAGUAAAGAGAGUUGAAUGGA